AUACUCCCACGCCCACGCCGUGUCUCCUCAACUGCUGUAGCCAGAAGCUCGCCAUGUCAGUUACGAUUUUCUUUCAUCCCCAGCGUAGUCGAUUCGAAGAGCCGCUUUCGCCACGCGUGGUUCUUUGCGCUGGGCUCAGCUCUUUGUAACUACUGCCUCAGCUCUUACCUCUGUACUACUGUACAAGCUCCUGCUAGUGUAGGAGGACCCUGUAAGCUGGCAGGAGCUGCACAGAUCUUGAGUUGCAUAUUUACCGUUGUUUCGCGCCGUAGUGCAUCUACUGUUCGCCUGAUUAGUUCUCUUAGCGAGCUUAGUAGUUUCAGUGCGAUUGUCUCGCGAUGGAAGCGCUGCUGAACGACAUGCACGGCGCGCACUUAAUCGACUCCAGGCCUCCGCGACACUCGCUGGACGACGCGCUCCGGCAGGCCUGCCUUGCCGCUGAAACAAUCCCGCCGUCGACGUCCGUCAACGUUAACGACAACGUCGGCGCUGACGGAAGGAGAAUUCAGCAAGGCUCUGCGCCGAGCUGUCAUGGAGGCAAGCUCAACGGGAGAGUGCAUCCUGGUCUUGACGCUAACGAGCGUGCUUCUAACGAUAAAUAUACUGCAGCUUACUUGAAGCCUGAAGAUUGCGUGAAUGGCGUAGGUUCUAUACCCCGGUCUAGAGCAUGUAAGGACCGCGUGCUGGGCGACAGUGUGAUUGUAGACACUCAGAAGGGAGCUCCUUAUCGCGGACGAGCGGAGCCCGGCGUUUCCGGGAUUCCUGGCGUGAAACGCGGCAAACAACCCGAUUUCACGAGCGGGACUCCUGGCGCUGUUCACGAAAGAAAGGGGAGCCGCGCCGGAGUUGGCGCCGGAUUCGUCGGCGGCGGAGGCGGAGGCGGAGGCGGAGGCGGAGGGGGAGGGGAAGGGGGAGGCGGGGGAGGCGGCGGAGGGGGCGGGGAAGAGGAACAGCAGCAGGGUUCGAUCACGCGAGAGUUUGCGGAAAUCGCGGCGAGAAAACGGGCGGAUCGGCUGAGGAAAGCGCGGUGCGGCGGAGUGGCUAGCGGCAGGUGCGGCGUGACAUCCGCCGGAAGGGUCGGAAACGAACCGGCGGAGGGGUUGGAACGAGGUUCGGAGUCUGCCGAAGCAGCAGCUGUGGCUCGGAAUGGUAUUUAUGGAGCGGCUAAUAACGGGGCGGCUACUAACGAGCAAGGGGGGGGGAGAUGGCUGGAAACGCCCAGGACUGGCCGCGUGAAAGUAAUUCCGCCUUUGUCCGCCGAGAGCCGAUUCGAUCCGAUCCACAAUCCGACCCACAAUCCGAACCACAAUCCGAACCACAAUCCGAACCACGAUGGUGCUGUCAGUAGCCGUACCGCCUCUGACCGCCAUGGUUCGUGUGACAGUGCGGGCAGUGCUGGUCAGACGGAUAACGGUUAUUUUCCCCGCGAGGAGCCGAGCGUCCGUCAAAACAGGUUCGGUGUUGGAGGCGCGGAGUGCGGAAGAGGUUUGGGAGCAGGUCCGAUAACAGGCUCGGGAGCAGGCUCGGAAUCAGAGGGCUAUACAGUGGUGUUUUCGCGCCUGAAGGAGCAGAAGCUAAGGGAGAGAAUUGAGCACAACAAUAAUAUUAAUAAUAAUAAUAAUGAUCUUAAUGAUAACAAAAGCACCCAAGCAGCAGCAGUAGGUGGCGUGAUGGACACGCAAGCUUGCUUGCUUCCGAACCAAGGCGCAGGGGGAAGCGGGAGCGGAGGACGAAGCCAAGGCGCAGGGGGGAGCGGGGGAUUUAUACCUGAGUUUAUCCCGUUCCAGGAGGGGGCCGAGGCGGCUGUGGAGCUUACCCUAGCCUGCGGGUUGGGCGCAGCAGGGCAGGCGCGCGCGCAAGGAGAACCAGGCGCGCGGAAGCAAGCGCGCGCGGGGGGAGAGAUGGGCGGAGGCGGGUUGCCCCGGAGCCCUGUGCGCAGGUCGCGUGAGAGCGUGGGGGGAAGGAAAGUGGCGGUGCCACUGGCGCAAGGGCUGGCGGAACGAGAGGCGCAGGGGGAGUACGGGGCGCAGGCAGGGGGAGGGGCGUGGGGAACAGGGGGAGGGGCAGAGGGGGCUGCUAGCUUAACAUUUCAGGGGUGGGACAGCAUUAGAAGGCGGGUAAUUGCGGAAGAGGAGGCGGAGGGGGAGCAGGAGGGGGAGGGGGAGGGAGAGGGGGGGUGGGAGGCGGAGGAGGGGGAGGUCCGGGAAGAGGAGGAUCGGGUGUGGGAUGCCGAAGCUGCAGCUGCGGACCAAGCCGCGGAAAUCGCUGCCAGGGCUGAGCGGCAGGCUCGGAUCCAGCGGCUGCUGCUGGAGGUCAAUCUCCCGAGGCUGGCGGAGUGGGGGGGCAAGGGCGGAGCGGAAAUCAGCAGUGGUGCAGGGAAGGCGCUGGCUACCAGCGCGCCUGGGGGCUUUUUCGCGGGGGAGGGGAACAAGGGGGAAGGCGGAGGGGGGUAUGGGGGGAAUGGGGGGAACGCGGGGGGGAGUGUGUGGGGGUACAGCUCUGGAAGUGGGUCUUCUGUUAUAAGCAGCAAUAGCAGCAACGAGGGGAGUGGGGCAGGUAGUGGGGGAGGGGUGGUAAUUAAAACGAGCUCCUCAGUACCUGUCACAGCAGCAGCAGCAGCAGCAGCAGCAGCAGCAGGAAGGGGGGGGGGAGGAAGAGCAGCAGCAGCAGCAGCAGCAGCUUUGGUCGAUAGAUAUGACUUUCCCCCUGGGGCUGGUAUGGGUGGGCCCAGCUUGGGAGGGGCUGGUACGGGGGGGGGUGGUAUGGGGGGGGCUGGUAUGGGAUCCUACUAUGAGCCAAAUCCGUACGGUGCUGACGCGUUCCAUGGCUCUUCAAGCUGCCCGGAAGGUGGGGUGGCAGGCUGGGGACCUUUCACUCCAAACGGGGCAGGAUGGGGUGUGGGGCAUCUGGGUGGGGGAGGGGGGAUGGGGGGAAUGGGGGGAAUGGGGGGAAUGGGGGGAAUGGGGGGAAUGGGGGGAAUGGGGGGAAUGGGGGAAAUGGGGAGCCCACGCCUACUGAAGCAGCCAGCUCAGGUGCAGGGCAAGAAAGGGGGGUUCUUUUCGCUGCUCAAAGCAGGCCGGGGCGGGAAGAAACUUGCGAAAUCGGAGUCAGCCGAUGGCUGGCUGUACUAGUGACCGGCUUUGAGGUGCCCUAUGAUAGUACUACUAUAUUCGAUUACUGUUAUCAUUUGUUAUAUUUCUUGUGAUGUCUCACUGGUUUGAACUUUGGAUUUAGCUGUGUUCCUUUUGU